AUGGAGUUGACAGUGGUGGGGUCAACUGAUUCUAGAGGUGGUGGUAGUAGUAGUGGUGGCGGCGGUGGCGAUUAUGGUGGUGUAGGAGAAAGGAACAGGGUAAUGAUCCAUCAACUUGCUGGUUCUUUUUCUGAAGUAGAAAUGGGAGAAUUCAUCCUAGAAGUGGGAGAACUUUUGAAACUACGUGAAACCCUGACAAGGGUUUAUGUACAAAGAACGGGCAAACCCCUAUGGGUUGUCUCCAAAGACAUGGAAAUAGAUGUUUUAAUGUCAGCACCACAGGCCCAAGCUUAUGGAAUUAUUGAUCUUGUAGCGGUUGAAUGA